AUCUGCUCUGCUCUGGAGCGAAGGUGGGAGUCGAACCCUGAACGAUAUUGUUCAGUGUUUGCACUGGAUUUGGCUCAGUGUUGUUCGAAAAGUGACUACGGUCUCAACAACUUUCCGUUUCUAAAAACGCGUUGUUCUUGGUGUGUGACUACAGUGAUAAAUUGCCGGCUAUCCUUGUUCACAGGCAAAUUCGUUUGCUUUGAUUUCAUCAACAUCCUACAUCUAUCAUCUAAUCAAGGAAUAAAGGGAUCAACCUUGCGAAGACACAUUGAAGGAGCAAUAUACAGAAAAAGAGAUGAUAUUGGAGAGCAGCUAAGGGCAGAGGGCCUUCAGUGGUGCAGAGAGGGGACAUGUUGAGGAGGGAACAGAUAGGAUGAGGAGGAGGAGCAGAGGGUGCUCGCUUUGGCUGCUGCUCGCCACAGGCGCCAUAUUUAUACCGUCCGCCUCCGCCGCCUCCACCACCUCUGCCGCCUCCGAUGCCGAGGGCGGCCAUUGUGACUGCUCCACCCAAGGUCGCUGGCAACCGCUAUUCAAGCCGUCGCAGAUUCUUCACUCGGAGUUCCCCGAGCACAAGUACUCAGACUCGACGGGCGGACCGCGCCCCACCCAACUGCGCACCGUCAAAAUCCUCCCCCACCUGGUGGUGCCUCUCAUCAACCCUCUAGCCAUCUCCAUCCACCACCAACACCAGCCAACCGACGAUCAACAACAACACUCCUACAACGACCUCAACACCAACAAUAUUGACAGUGGUGUUCGCAAAAAGAAGAAAAAGAGCAAGAACAAACUAAAACAUGAAAACUACGAUUAUGCGUACCCUUACUACAAGGGUCCAACGAACUAUGAUGAGGAAUAUCCCUCAAUUCAGCGUCCCUACAGUGAUGUUGGAGGUGGUCCACACAGUUUCGAAGAGCACUACCACAAUGACAGUCAAGAACAAGUGGAUAAUUUCGAUGAUGGUCCACAUCAGGAUGAGCGUCAUCAUCAUGACGAUGGUCCAGAUCAGGAUCAGCACUAUCAUCAUGACGAUGUGUCAACGGAAUCAGGUGGCAACACAUCUGGUGAAGACACACGCAGCUAUGAAGCUACUGGCUCCUCCGCUCUAGGACCUGACCCUACUUCAUCUGACCCUACUCAUGAUGAUCAUUACAAUAGUCAUAACACUAAUUAUUACAACUAUAAUAAUAAUGACGAGGAGGGAAGUACAAUGUCACCCUAUUAUAACUCGGAGGAGUAUAAGGAGCAAGCUCAUGACUCGAGUAAAUACUCUCCACAUAUAGACCAUAACAAUGGAUAUAGGUAUAAUGGGAUAAAGGGAGGGGGGAAAAAGCAUAUCUAUCGAGAUGUUAACAAGUAUUACGGGUCAAAAACACGGGGAAAAGCCAUGAGGUAUCCGAUGUUGAGUAACUCACAUGUGAGCUCUGAUAGUGGAUACAAAAGUUCGCCGUCUUUGAAAUACAAACAUGUGAAACGACCCCCGAAAGCGUUGACUUUCAAUAGACAGGCUGUUCCUGCAACCCUUCAUUCGGAUCUGUACCAUCCUCCUCCUCCGCCACCUCCUCCUCCUCCAUCUCCUCCACAUUCAGUUCCAUCGCCCACUCCCGCACGCGUACUCCCCGACCGUGCACCGAUCUACCACGCGCAUCCUCCUCUCGCCAUCCUCACUCCGCUGAAGAUCAUCCUAAGAGAGGAGGCGAAGAGGAUCACGCUGUUGCGACCCCCCGUCCCUGGCAUGCAUCAUACCUGGACCUUCGACGCUCCACUGUCAAGGUCCAACGAAAUUGCACUGCUCAAAAAGCCUCGGAUGUUGUAUGUUAUGAAAACUGUGCCACACGAUCCUUUGUCUCUUAUCAAGUGAACUGUCUGUCACUGUGGAGAACUCAAGUUUAUAAUAUGAGAAAGCUACAUUUGCGUGGAGCAUGUGUACUGUACAUUUCAAGAUCUGAAUUAUUGUAUGCUUCAAAUGAUUUGAAAAAAUAAUAGGAUUGUUCUUAAACUAAGUACGCAUCAAGCUGUAUGGAAAACGAUAAAAAUACUACUAUUGCGUGCAUCAGAGUGUAUAGAAAGACAUAAAUCGUUGUAAGAACGGUAUCAUCGUACGCUUAGAAGUGUAUAAUGAAACUGUAUGAAUCAUUGUCAGUACUGUAGGUACCAGUGUACCAUAAUAAUAUAUACUUUUAAAGUGUGUAGGAGAGGAAAAAGGUCAUUGUGCUAUUAAGAACUAAGAACUAUUAAAACCUUUCAAAGUGAAUAAAAACAAUAUAGAUUAAAGUUCAUUUUAAGGUUUAUAACAUUAUUUGAUGUUGUGAAGUCAAAACAUAAUUGUUUUAUCUUGAAAGAACUUUCUAAUUGUACGCCAAGUACGCCUUGGCCUAAACUGAUAGUAAAUUCGACUACAUCAGUAAACUCUACUACUGACAGUAAACUCUACACACUCUACAGUGUGAUAAGAAAACGAGAGAUGAGGGUUGUGAAAAUAAUACGUUAAAUAUGUAGGCUAGGUCUAUAGUAAGGUUUUUCCGAGUACCUACUAAUAGCUAUUUAUACAUAAAAAUCUUUCAAAUCCAAUCUGUAUAUCUCCAAGAUGGAGCAAGAAGAGAGAGAGGCAAUCUAAUUCUAAUGUCUGAAAAAUAAAGAUUAUCUAUCCAUGGUGUUGAAAGUUGGAGAUCCAUUCUUUUUCCCUUUGGUAAGAUGAUGUGAGAUGACUUCAAAUAAUAAUCGACUACAUUCAAUGACUCAGUUACAAAUGUAACUCAGUGUCUAAACUACAGCAAAGUUACAAGACUUCGAAGUUCAGAAGUUUUAACGAUUGAAUAAGUAUAUUCCAAUCAAUAUAUCAGUCGUUGAAGUGUUACAAUCGUCACAAGCUGAUUACUUUUCUCACAAGCUAAAUAUGUUUCUAAAACUAAAUAAUUAUUAUGAUGUGCUAUUCUCAUGGACAAACUACGGUAGGUCACUUUGUAGUGAGUCUGUUUCCUUGAAUUUAAUACUGUAUGUAUUCUUUCCAUGUAUACUUUGUGAAAUAAUAUUGAAGCGAUGUGAAUUGACUGCGAUCGUUUAUAUUAAUAUAUAUUAUGUCAUACAGAUUCUGAAAAAAACAUUAAAGAUUAUAUGUAUCUUGUAAUAUAUUUCUCAUUUUAAUCUCUGAGGCAUUCUCAUCCAUUUCUUCAGUUCACAAAGGGGAAAAUACAGAUAUGUUUAGUUUUUUUUCUGAACAGAUUCAUCAAAAGUAGAAAUUAUAAGUAAUUGAACAUUGCUUAUUUCAAGUGAGGUGGUCUGGUUGUAUCUAAAGACUAAAGAAAAAGCUCACCGUAGAAAGUCUGAAUGAUUUAUUUCUCUAUUGUUUGAUAUAGAUUACCAUUCACAGUCUAGUAAAUUUAUGAGCUUAUUGGAGGUUUAGUAAGGAAUGGAUACCGAUUUGGAGGAAGGGAAGCAGGUUCUUCAAGUUGAACAUUUUAUAAUUUUCUACACUAAUAGUACAAUUAAAUUGUUUUUCAAAAUUUCAAACAAUCACUUAUUAUAGAAAUUGAAGGGUUCACUGAAGAACUGAAGAUAGUGAAGUCGCAUGAACCAUUCAAUUCCGGAUUUUGUACCAGUUGACUCAUGUACUUUCAAUAUAAACAUUUUAUAGAUUACUAAAUUAAGUUAACCAUAUCAUCUAAUAUUACAA